GUUUUCUUGUUUUUUCUUUUUUUUUUUUUGUGAUUUCAAAAAUAUUGUGCAUCGUUAAAAUCAUAUGAAUGUGGAAGAAAAACAAAAAAACAAAGCAUUUAAAUAAAAAUGCAAUUCGUAUAAAAUGAUCACAGUUUGAAUAAGAAAUUUUUUUUGAAUGGGAUUUUGAAAUUCCUCUACAAUUUAAAAAAUUACAUAAAAUUGGUUCCAAAAAAUGAAUUUUUCUCCUUUUGCUGCAACACAAUUUGCUGGUUUAACAGCAAAUGCUGUUAAUCAAUUUGCUACAUCAAAGUUUGCUCAUAAUUUAACAGGUGCAAAUGGACAAAUUGUUGGUGUUGUUUCUGGUGGUGAUGGUGGUGUUAGUUAUUUAAGACCAAUUGAUACUAAUAAUAGUAGUCCAUUUUCACCAUCAUCAAAUCAUCAUUUAUCACCACACCAAAAUCAUCAAACACACCAACAACAACAGCAACAGUCAAUGAAUGAAUCUCCAUUACAUCAACAGCAGCAUCAUCAACAGCAAUCAGAAUCGCAAUCUCAAGUACAACAGCAAGCUUUAAUAACAUUACCAAUAACAAUGCCAGGUGCAAAACCUGGUGAUGCAGCACAAACUGUUCAUAUACAAGUAAUUAAUCCAAAUCCAAUACCACAACCGGCACCAACAACAAAAAUACAUAUGGGACAAAUGCAAAUACCAAUACAAAGUUUUCAACCUGGUGGUACAACUGUUUUAACAGUUGCAUAUAGUCCACAAGAUGGUAAAUUUUUGCCAAAUCAUGGUUUUCCAGAAGGUAUGACGGUUGUUGCGGCACUUCAGCCACAAGAUUUACAAAUCUUAGCACAAGCACAAGCUCAAGCAAAUGCUCAAUUAUUAAAUAAUCAACAACAUCAAUUAACAAAUGGUAAUCAACAAAAUUCAAAUCAACAACAACAAAAUCAAGAGACUGCUAUUAAUUUAAAUGGUGAUUUAGGUAGAGAUUUAAAUGACGAUGAAAUAAUUGUUAAACAAGAACCAACAGAUUGGGAUAAUACAACUGUAGCUUUAACAAAUACAACACAACCAGAUCUUUCCGAAUUUAUUACAACACAUUCCCAAGCGCCUAGUUUACCAAUGACAUUAACUCCAUUUCUUAAAUUUAAUCCAAAUUCAAUUAAGUAUGAAACACCUGAUUUUACAAUAGAAAAAUUUGAUACAGAGCAGCUUUUAAAUUCAGGUUUAGAACCACCAUCACCAAUACAAAAUGUUUCAUCACUUUUAUCACCAACUGAACAAAAUAAUAGUUCAAUUGAUGAGGGUAGCGGUAGUGGUAAUGUAACAACAACAAAUGGUACACCAAUUAAACAAAAACGAAAAAGACGUGUUAAAAAACCAAAAGUUGUUAAACCAAAACCACCAAAACCUGGACAAGUUUUAAUAGCAACAACAACCGAUGGUACAGUUUUAUUUUGUUGUCCAGAAUGUCAAAUGGCAUAUCCGGAAAAAGAAAAUUUAGAACAACAUUUAACUGAACAUAAAAUUGAGAGGCGAUAUAUUUGCGAUAUAUGUGGUGCUGGUCUUAAACGUAAAGAACAUUUAGAGAGGCAUAAAUCUGGUCAUAAUCCGGAACGACCUUAUAUAUGUAGUGUUUGUAUGAAAGGUUUUAAACGAAAAGAACAUUUAAAUUUACAUUUUGUGAUUCAUAGUGGUGAAAAAAAUGAGAUUUGUGGUGAAUGUGGAAAAGGUUUUUAUCGAAAGGAUCAUUUACGUAAACACACAAAUUCUCAUAUAGCAAAACGAUUAAAAGAAGAAAUGAAUGCUAGAGAGGGUAUUACACCGACUACACCAAAAAAUAAAAAAAAUAAAAAUAAUAUUAACAAUAAUGUAAAUCUAUUAGACGGAUCAUCAUCGAUUGGAUGUGCAAAUAACAAUAAUAAUAAUAACAAUAAUAGUAUUAACAAUAAUAAUAUUAAUAGUAAUAAUAAUAACAUUAAUAAUAAUAAUAAUGAAAUUCAUUCACCUUUAGCUGGAAAUGACAAUAAUAAUAUUUUAAUGCAAACAUCAAUACAAAUUGGUGAUUCAAUAAAUCCUCAACAAAUGCAAUUAGAUCCAAUACAAAUUACAUCAAAUAUAAAUAAUUUAAAUAAUAAUAAUAAAAGUAGUAAUAAUAAUAAUAAUAAUAGUGAUAAUAAUAAUUUAAAUACAGAUAAUAAUAAUGCAAUUAAUAUUAGUAUAAAUCAAAAUUGUGGAAAUACUCAAACAACCCAACCGGCUAUAGCAUUAUCAACAGUAUACGUUCCAACAAGUAAUAAUACAACAUUGCCUGUACAAAUACAAAUUCCUCAAAUAAUAACAACUAGUAAACCGGAUGGUACUACAGAAAGUACUAUUGUUAUGCCCACAACAACAACAGAAUCUCAAAAUUCAACGACAAUAAUGUCAACAUCAUAAGAACAAUAAAAGAAAAUUCUUUUAGUUAAUAUCAAAUAAAUGAAUUUUGAAGAUUGGAAGAGAAAGUAAAAAAAAAAUGUAUUUUUAUUAGCAUUUUAGAGAAAAAUCUUUCUUAUGAAGACCAAAUAAAAGAAAAAAUUAAAAAUAAGAAAUUUAUGUAUGUACAUUGUAAAAAAUUAUUUAAUUUUAAAUUUUGAUCCAAACACAAUAUGUAAUUACGAAAAUCUACCUG